AUAAGAGAAAGAAUUGCGUUUAGUUAAAAUAACAGUGAGACGUCUCGAAGUGCAAUACUUUUUGGAAGUGGAUGGAAUUAUUCAACUGUACGUUAUCGAACGUCUUUUAGAGUCAUCGUUAGGAUAACUACGUGAAAACAUCUGGUGAGCAAUUGGAAGGAGGAGGACCAUGUGCACCAGUAGGGUUUGCCCUGAAGAGGAACGCCGAAACUGAUCGCGAUGGGAAACUCUGACAGCCUGUACAGCAUCCCGGGGCCCAAGGGCAACGGCUUCAUCUUCCCAGGGAAACAGAAGUCCUGCUCUCUGAGGUUCCGCUCAGCCAAAGAGGAGGCCCUGUCUCCCCACAGCUGGUGGAGGGGCAGAGAAGGGGGCUCGGGGUACAAGUCCCGGGCAGCGGGGCGGAGCUGCCUGACCCAGCACAAGAGCAGCCAGCCAUACCUGUCCCAUCACUAUGACUACGUCAGCCACGGGAGCAAGCGCUGGGCCAGUCUCCCCCAAGACUGCGCGCAGACGGGGUCUCUGUUGCCCGCCGAAAACGGCUACCCCCACGGCUACAGCGGGCAUGGCUACAAGGCGGGCCGGAGCGGGCGGGCGCUGAAUGGGUUCGGGGUGGCAGACGGGGCGGGGCUAUGGGCGCCGGCGGAGGACGAGAGCAGCCCCAAAGUGCUGCUGAGUGAGGACGGCAGCUUGAGGGUGGAGUUCACCAACGCGGGCGGAGCCAAACCCGCGCCGGACGGCUACCGCGGCUGGGGCGGGUCUGAGGGCUCGGAGGACUCGGCAGGACCUGUGCAGCUGCUGAAAUACUCCCCCGCCUUCGAGAUGGCAGCCCCACCCGGCCGGCCUGAGCCCCCACCCGACUGUGCCCUCAGGACCAGCCAGGGCAGCUCGCUGAGCUCCGACGGCUCCUGGUACGACUCUCCCUGGGGGCCCGGCGUGGAGCUGAGCGAUGCUGACCACACCUGCUCCUCCGGCCUCACCGCGGACACCGGCAGAGACUGCGGCCACUGUCCCGAGCAGGGCGGGGCCGCCACACCCCCCUCCCGGCUCCCUGAGAACACCACACCCCCCUCCCGCUUCCCGAAUGAUGCCACACCUCCCUUCCGCCUCCCUGAGGAGCUCCUGUCUCUGCCGGGAGAGCUGGGGGGGUUUGACCUCCACCCCUCCCCAGUGUCCAGCGCUGACCUCCACAGGGACCCCCCCGCUCUCCCCCCUUCCACUCAGACGCUGGACUCCCCCCUCUCCCCACAGCGGGUCUCCGUGGCCUCCGUUCCGGACGUGUCCCUGGGGGGAGACUGUCCCGCUGGCCGGCGCUACGCCUCCUACACUCUGCCCUGCCGCAAGCCCAGGCCCGUCGCUGACGGCAACGGCAGGAAGGACGCGCUCAAGAGCCGCAUCCGGCGCAUCAGCGACUGGACAGGAAGCCUGAGCAGGAAGAGGAGGAAGCUGCAGGAGCCCCGGAGCAGUGACGGUGCCGACUGUUUUGACAGCGGGGUGGACGGGCUGACAGCGGACUCAGGCUCCGUCUCCCUGGCGUCGGGGCCGCUGUGGCAGGCGGGCAUCGGCCAGGGGGCAUCGGCCCUGUGCGUGGCCUCUGGCGGCGACGCCCUGCGGCAGAACAUCUACGAGAGCUUCAUGCGGGAGCUGGAGGUGGGGCCAGGGCCGGAGGAGCGGGCGGGGCAGACGGAGGGGGCGGAGCCCUCUGAGGGUGAGGGGGACGGCACGGCCGACUCCAGCAGCGAAUCACGGGGCUCACUGGAGCAGCUGGACCUGCUGCUGGAGAAGGAACAGGGCGUGGUGCGGAGGGCCGGAUGGCUCUGCUUCAAAGCCCUGCUCACCCUCAGCAAGGACAGGAAGCUGGAGCUCGCCCCCCGCCGCCGCUGGAAGCAGCACUGGGUCACACUCAAAGGCUGCACACUCCGGUUCUAUGAGACCUACGGGAAGAACACGCCUGAGCAGGACCUCUCCCCCUGCCACGCCCUGCUGGCUGAGGACAGCAUCGUGCAGGCCGUCCCCGAGCACCCCAAAAAGGAGCACGUCUUCUGCCUGAGCAACGCCUACGGGGACGUCUACCUGUUCCAGGCCAGCAGCCAGACGGACCUGGAGAACUGGGUGACGGCGAUCCACUCAGCCAGCGCCUCGCUGUUCGCCAAGCGGCACGGGAGGGAGGACACGGUGCGGCUGCUCCGGAGCCAGACGCAGGGUCUGCUGCAGAAGAUCGACAUGGACGGCAAGAUGAAGAAGAUGGCCGAGCUGCAGCUGUGUGUGGUGAGCGACCAGAAGAACAGGAGGGCCAUCGAGAGCCAGAUCCAGCAGUGGGAUCAGAACCUGGAGAAGUUCAACGUGGACCUGUUCCGCCUGCGCUGUUACCUGGCCAGCCUGCAGGGCGGCGAGCUCCCCAACCCCAAGAGCCUCCUGGCCGCCGUCAGCCGCCCCUCCAAGAUGGCCCUCGGUCGGCUGGGUCUCUUCUCCGUGUCCUCCUUCCAUGCCCUGAUCUGCUCGCGGGACGAGGCCGCUCUGAGGAAGCGCUCUCGCUCGGUGUCCCAGGCCGUGAGGAGUAAGCGGCGGCUCUUCUCCUCUCUGAAGGGGCUGGACAGCCUGACCCGCCGCAGCCGGGACAAGAGGCAGCCAGUGACACAGAUUUUCGAGAGUAAUGGUGGAGGACAGCUGAGCCAUCUUCCCCCCAGCAGCUCAGAGAGGUUGGAUGGCUUGGUUACCCAGUGCUCAACAGCACCACCUGAAGGCAGUCACUGGGACAUCAGUUUGGAGACUCCAGCCUGUGUGGUGAUGCCAGACAGCCAGGUCAUCUCUGUGGCAGUGAAACAGGAUCACUCUGUGGAGGAGGUGCUCACCCUGGCCUGCAAGCUGAAGCAGCUGGAGCCCAGCCAGUACUGCCUGCGUCUGCGCAGACGGGUCGGGCAGAGCACCGAGCUCAGCACGCCUGCACCCAGAGACCUCGUCCUGGACCUGAUUUACGACGAGCUGGAGGUCUGUCCCCUCAAUGUGUACACCUUAUGCAUGUCACGUCCCACCAGCACAGUGGACUUCGGGUUCGCGGUCACCGGCCAUGUGGACGGAUUUGGGAACAGCAGGGUCUUUGUCAGCGAGGUGCUCCCUGAGGGUCUGGCCUUCACCGAGGGCCUGCGAGGGGGUGACGAGAUCCUGGUUCUGAACGGGAGGAGUGUGUCCACGCUGGACUUGGGUCUGAUGCAGACCCUCUUCAGCGAGCAGACGCUUAACCUGACUCUCCGACGAGAAGACACCGCUGCAGGAGACCAGAACUCCGCCUGGCCCGAGUCCGACCCGAACGGCCUCUGCCAGCCCAUCCCGCCCCCCAGCCAAUCACAGCUGCUGGAGGAGUUCCUGGAGCAGCAGGGGGCCGCCCAGGUGAUCUCAGAUGUGUCUCGUGUCCCGGAUGGUGGUUCCGUGGGGCCUGGUUCUGAGGAUGGCCCGCUGCACCUUCGACCCAGUAACGGGACGGACCAGGCGGGGAAGACCGUGGAGACCGUCUGCACCGUGUACCACACCUUCCAGGAGACCCCCGUGGGCGUGGCCGAGGCCCAGAAGGAGCCGCCCACCCGCAGCCCCGAUCCCGACCCUGCCCGGCCCUGCCCCCGCCACAUGUCCGUCACCGAGAGGCUGCGCAAGGUCAUCCAGGAGCUGCUGGACACAGAGAGGUCCUAUGUCAAGGACCUGAGCUGCCUGUUUGAAGUCUACCUGAAGCCCCUGCAGGAAGAGACCUUUCUCAGCCUGGAUGAGAUGGAGUCUCUGUUCGGCAGCCUGCCGGAGAUGCUGGACUUCCAGAGGGUGUUCCUGCAGACCCUGGAGGAGCGCAUUGCCUCGUCCCCAGACUUCAGCACCCUGGAGACCCCCGCGCAGUUUAAGAAACUUCUCUUCUCGCUGGGCGGCUCCUUCCUCUACUACGCUGAUCACUUCAAGCUCUACAGCGGGUUCUGUGCCAACCACAUCAAGGUCCAGAAGGUUCUGGAGAGAGCAAAGACAGACAGAGCCUUCAAGGAGUUCCUGGAGGCGAGGAACCCCACGAAGCAGCACUCCUCCACGCUGGAGUCCUACCUGAUCAAACCCGUGCAGAGAGUGCUGAAAUACCCACUGCUGCUCCGAGAGCUGGUGUCUCUGACCGACAGCGACAGCGAGGAGCACUACCACCUCACAGAGGCCCUGAAGGCCAUGGAGAAGGUGGCCAGCCACAUCAACGAGAUGCAGAAGAUCUAUGAGGACUAUGGCACGGUGUUUGACCAGCUGGUGUCGGAGCAGAGCGGAGCCGAGAAGGAGGUCACAGAGAUCUCCAUGGGAGAAUUCCUCCUGCAUUCCUCUGUGGUCUGGCUCAACCCCCUCCCUGCGCUGGGCCGAAUGAGGAAGGAUCCCGAGCUCACGGUGUUCGUGUUCAAGAGAGCCGUGAUACUGGUGUACCGGGAGAGCAACAAGAUGAAGAAGAAGAUGCAGGCUUCCACACGAUCGGCCUAUUCCCAUGGCGACCUGGAUCCCUUCAAAUUCCGUUGGCUGAUCCCCCUGUCAGCCCUACAGGUGCGAUUGGGUAACAGCACAGGAGCAGAGAGUAACUGCACCUGGGAGCUGGUCCACACCAAGUCUGAAGUGGAGGGCCGACCGGAGACUGUGUUCCAGCUGUGCAGCAGCCUCCCGGAAAGCAAGGCCAGCAUGGUGAGGGUGAUCCGCUCCCUCCUGAGGGACAGCGUGAAGAGGAACGUCCCGGCAGAGCGGGGGUACAGGGAGCGGCUGCCCCCCCCACGGGGCGCAGCGUACACCUCCGUCAGGACAGGCUCAUCCCGGACCGCCUGGCUGAGCAAGCAGCCGUCUCCCACCCGCUCCUCCCACGCGGACACACCCAAAGGCGGCCCGCCCGACUCUGACGAGGGCAGCCUGACCGGCAGCAGCUGUCACCCCGGAGACGACGCUGUCCCCGCCGGUCUCCCGGGACGAUCGGGGGGAGAGGACGAUGAGGCCAACGCCAUCGAGGCCCUGCUCCAGAGGCUGCAGAUCACAGAGGCGCGGCCGGACACUCCGCAGGGGCAGCCGAAAGCGGGCAGCUCACGGCCGGGCCCCGGGACAGCAGGGCGGAGGAACAGCAGCCCCAGCGGCAGCCAGGAGGGGGCGCCACACGACGACGGCCCCUACGUGGACCUCAACACGCUGCUGGGAAGGGACUUCAGCGUGCAGAGCCUGGCUUCUGUGGUCAAUGAGGAGUGCUUCUUUAACACGGCCGAGAGCAUGCCAGGCCUAUAG